UAAUAAGGUGCUAUCUGGAAGCACCAUUAAGUUUAAUGUUUUCAAGGAUAAAUGAUGAGCAUAUUAGUUGUCCCCACUACAUGCAAAAGGAGAAUGCUAGGCAACUAACUACAGUAUGUGGCUGUUUCAUUUCCUCAUGUUAUUGUGUUUUGCAAGCAAACUGCAGCUUGACAAAAAUGGCCAAGAGGGACAAUGUCAGGGCCUGAGAGAAGGUCUGCUUUUAAAGCAGAUUGCUUGUCCUGCUGUGAAGUAGCAAAAAGCUAGAGAGGGCAGUGCCUGGAGGAGGCACUGCUGUGUAGGUCAAGUUCUUCGACAGCAGAACCCUCUAGCAGAAGUUGACCUUUCGGCAACUGUUGGACACAAUAGCUCCUAAGCAGUUUCUGAAAGGACUUCUGAAAGUAUCUAUUUUCACAAAAUUAGAGUUGUGGACAAUGAACCAGCUUCAUGAUCCACAUCGGCUUCUUUUUCCUGGAGUGGUGGUAUGGUUUAAAGCCGGUACGUGUUCCCAGGUCUGUUUCCUUCACGAUAGAAAGUCCUGGAUUCUUGUACAUUUCAGGUUAGCGGCACCCAUAUUUAACAAUAUAAAUUAUGAAAAGAACACAGGCACUUCAAAGGUUAGCUGAGUAAACAGUACAUGAAGUUUUGUAGAUAUCAGGGAGUUUCUGAAGCUGCACUUGGCCAUUUUCUCUAAGCCAGCCUUUUUGGACCUGGAUAUUUGGCUAAUGGACAUUUUUUUAAAAAAUAGAUGCAGUUUUUAUAGGUUUUUAUUUUCACUAAAAUUCUGUUUCUGUUAGUUCUUGCUUGUUCCAUUGGGAGGCUCAGACCUCACUAUUAACCAUUGUAAAAAAACCCCUCUUUUUUUACCUCAACUUUUCCUUUGAGUCCCCAGAAGCCAUUUCCUUAAUUUUAUAAGACUGACAAUUUAGAAAAACUUUUAACCGGUUUGGACUGAUUGAAGUUUAGGAAGAUGCAUUUUAGGGGGUAGUAACACGUAUACAUGCAUUAUUGGUAGUUUGGUUAAUUAUUUUUAUUUGCAACUCUAACCUUGCUUUCCAUUUAUAAAUUGCAGUUUUAUAUUUCAUUCAUACAUUCUUUUUAUUCUUAUAUUUCAGUUACUGCAGAGUUUUUAUAUUUUUGUCAUUUAUAUGCUUUGAUUUUAUAAAUAUUUCCAAUUUAUUUUGUUUUUCAGUAUAUACAUACAUAAGAGGGGAUCAGCAUUGCACCCAUUGCCUCUGCCCAUGAUUUCUAUGUGUUAAGUGAAAGUGACCUUUUUGGUUAUAAUUUAUCUGUUUCUGUUUUUAACGUUGUUGUUUUUAUAUUGAUGCAUGAUACUUUUAACUUGUAACUCUGAAAUUGCUUGCAAUGAAGAAAGGGAUAUAAAUAUUUAUAACAAAUAAAUAACAGUGUUAAAUUGGCCUCUAUGUGUGUAUAGCUAUGACCCUGUGUGAACAGGGUUCCCAAUUUAUUAUCAGACUUUUGCACAAUUAAGUACCGUACAGUGUACAGCAAUUAGCUUGAUGGUUAUAUAGCUUGCCUUGUAACAUACUGAAUAUCUUGUGUGGCUGUUUGGAGUUUUUAAAGAAGGCAUAUUAGUGACCGUAAAUGAGCUAUCCAUAAUUGUCCAUGAGUAAAAGCUGACCAAGGAAUCUGGCAGAAAUGGGUGGAAAAACAGCUGAAAUAAUAUUUUUGGGUGAAACAAUAGUUUAUUGUUGCCCUUCAUUUAUUUUAUGAAAACAAGGUGUUGUAUAACUAAAGACAUACAUAAGUUGCUUGUUUCUGUAAAUGUGCUAUAUGGAAAACUCAUAUAAUAAAAAGAACAAAGCAUUGAGGAUGCUGUCCCAUAACAUCUGAGGGGCCACAUGUUCUCCACUUAUAAAACUUAAAACAUGUGAAGCUGGCCAGUUUUUAAUUAACCAAAAGCCAACACUGGUUUAAGCAGCCCCAGGUAGGGCCAGCACAAGAAUCACUCAGCCAUGCGGUUAACCAGUGCCAGUAAAACAACACUAUCUCAGUGAAUGCUGCCGCUCUCAUGUCCUGUUAAAGCUCAAAACUGAGCAGCCUGCUUCUUAAGAAAAAUUAUUGCAGGACCACUAGAAGACUGAGUUCCUUAUCUUCUGCUAGCAAUCGCCUGCAGUCCUUAAACCAAAAGCUCCACCUCCUUUCUGACAGAGGGAGAAGGGAGUCAGCAAGCUUAGAACACUUGAUUUUAAAAAGCAAAGGUUUUUGAGGAUAUGCAAUGCCACCCACCCACCUAUUGCUCUGUUGAAGUCUUCUAGAGGAGUUCUACUGGGGGCUGGCCAAUUGUUUCUUUUCUUUUUGGAGCCGAACUCCUCCCCUUCUGCAGGCCCAGGCUUACUAGCUAUAUUGUAGCUAUUCUCUGCAGCCUCUUAAGAGCAGAUUCAGACCUGCUGCCUUGGUGUGGUGGGGCUGCAGACGGUUGCCUGCCAUGGAGUCGCAAGAUGCAGCUGCUCAGUCUCUCCGGGCCCCCAAAUGCUCACGCUGCCGGAACCACGGCUUUGUGGUACCCGUGAAGGGCCACGCAGGCCACUGCCGCUGGAAGCAGUGCCCAUGUGAAAAAUGUGCUCUCAUUACUGAACGCCAGAAGAUCAUGGCUGCACAGAAGGCCUUGAAGAGGCAGGGACCGGACUCCCCACUCAGGGAAAUGUUGCCACCUGGUCAGCACAGUCCCAGCGAUGAACAGGUGGCAACCACAGGUAGCGGCAGAAAGUGCUCCAGGCUGAAUCUUUCAGAACCCCACACCCAGGGGCCUGUUGUGCAGGAAGGAGCCAAGGGGACUUCUGCAGCAGUUAGCCACUCUAUGAGGACAAGGACUGCCAGGACACCACCCAAACCCAGCUCUCCAACCUUCAUAGACUUAGGUAUGUGGCCCAGCUCAAAGCUCUGCUUCAAACAGGCUGAUGUGUUCAUAGCCAUUAUUUUAAUGUAUUUUUAAUCUUUGUUGGAAGCUGCCCAGAGUGGCUGGGGAAGCCCAGCCAGAUGGGCAGGGUACAAAUAAAUUAUUAUUAUUAUUAUUAUUUUAUUUUGCAUAUAUGCACCAAAUGUUCCACCUGCUCUGCCUCAGUAAUUUCUGUUUUCUGUUGUUGAGAUUUAGUACUCGUGCUAUUUGGGAUUUAUUCUUCCCUGAAAAAAGAUAGUAUGGAUUUAUUUAUUUAUUUUGCAGUUCCAUAUCCUGCUUGAGGACUUUGUAGCUGCAGGAAUUUAGUCUUGGAUGCUGCUUGACCAUGUUUCAUUGUUGCAGAAAAGAAAGAAAAACCACCCCACAAAUCUAUGCAGCCGGUCUUUGUUUUAAGAGUGAAAUGAGCUUGCAGCAGGCCCUGCGCAGCACUGAAUUGCCAAUAGAGCAACAAGACUAACCCAGAGUCUGGACUUAAAAUGAAGUUUGUUGUAUUUUACAGGCAUCUCCUUUAGCAAGGGGAAUAUAUCACAGCCAGUGCAAAUAAACAGGGAAGUUACUGCCAUUUGUUAGGACCGGGUGUGUAAAAUAUAAAAGAGAAAAGAAAACCUGGGAUUUGACUGUCGUCUUAUGAAAAAUUAUUUUUGCAAUGAAAGUGGUGCUCAUAUGUGGCUGCUUUUACACAUAUCUAGAGCUGCAGUGAAUUUUGGGAGGGGAAAAUCAAGAUCUAACUUUGCAAAAUUAAAUUUUAUUUUACAAUACUUAGAUUUUUUUGCUCUGCAUUCUCAUUAUUGAAUUUAAGGGUUAAAGUAACAACAUGGAGUUUAGAAAAUGUUAAAUCUAGCAAGUUGAUAGCAAUACUGCCUUAAAUCAACAAGCUGUAAGUAAAACAAAUUUAUCAAAAACAUAUAUGUUGCAAAAUGUCUUUAAGCUCUGCAAUUUUCCUCAGUUUUAAAUUUUCAGAACAUGUUGGUUCAGUUCUAAAAAAUAUGUGGUUAAUAUGACUUCAACAUGCUCUCUAGCUGUUUAAUUCUAUUAUCUCUAUUUUGUGCUAUCUUUAAUUGUGGUUUGCCAUCUACUGGUUUGUUAGUGUACUAAACACUAUUAAAACAGCCUGUAUGUUAUUCUUUUAUUUAGACUUAGCAUUAAACCUGUGAGCUUGUUUUCAAAUGCAUCAGGUUGUGUUUUGUUUUGUUUCGAAAUACUGAUAAAUCUUCCAGCCACAAGUGCUGCAAAUUCAGAGGCCCUGGUAGUGUUUAACUUAGCUUCAAUACUACAUGGUGUCUAGAAUCUUUUAACCUGUGAGUAGGAAUGGUGUCUCUGGACAUUCUCCAGCUGGGUGGGAGCCAUUUAUCCAUGAGUACCUCUACAUAGCUGUAAAAACAUUUAGAUAACCCAGCCAGAGGUGUAACUGGGUCCCUUGCACCCUUGGCAAGGAGCUGUAUUGGUGGCACCACCCCCAGAAAAAAAUCUGACUUUACCGUAAUAGCCACAUUAGAAAUUGCUGCAUUUUAUGCUACCUAAGUACUUGAAGUGACCGGAGUUAGUGUGAGGAUUGGAGGAAGGGUGAAAACAUUUGCAUGUCUUUGUUCUGUGGUGCAACAAGGAUGGGAAGCUUGUUCCACUUUUGAUCUCACCACGACAGUGGUCUACCUUCAUACCGCCUUGCCAUUUCUCCUACAGCUCAGCUCCCCACUCUUGUCUAAAUUCACAACUUUGCACAGAUAGCUGGAGAAAGAUUUCUGGGGUGAUUAGUCCUUCUCCCUGGGCCUGCGCCUCCAGCGAAGGCCUGUUUCACCAGCCCCUAAGUACACCUCUGAACCCAGCUAUGUAGGUACAACCCAAUUGUAAGGUUCUUUCCCACAGACCUGGCAAUUUGCCCCAGUGCAGUGAGAAUUAUGACCUUCUCUCCAUGUUUUGGCAAUUUAAGCAUCCUAGCUGCACAGAGCUGGUCCUGGAUAAUCAUCUCAUACAAUCUCAAUCAUACAAUGUUGGGAGGACAUCUAAAAAGGACCUACUCAUGAAUAUUCAAAUAGUGGAAGCACAGCAUUUUCAAGAUGCUAAAAUACAUGGAAAUCUUACAUAUAUUGUUUAUAACACUAUUCCGUUCAACUAUUCUAUUUCUCUGUAGACCAGCCUCAAGAAUGUGUUGUUGUGGGCCCAGAAUCUGUGGAGAGGGAGCCUCCGAAAGUGUAUCCCGGGUACUCUGGGAUGUACCCUUACCAUCCAUUUUCUGUUGGAUUCACUAUCAACCAAUCAGGCUACAGAGGCCCUUCACCUGCCUCUGUCUUGCCCCUGCAAGCAGGUUUCAGGCACUUUCCUAGCAGUCAUGGGCCAGGAGGUGUUGCUUCUAUGCCAGUAAGUGACGUUUUAUCCAUAGUACUCCUUAAUGCAAGCUUGAAUGCAGGAGCUCAGGUCUUGAAAUAUACUUGCAGAAAGAAAGAAAGAAAACCCUUUGCCUCUGGUUGCAUCAGUCUUGAAUUGUAUGUAGACAAAACAAAAAAGGGGUAAAUUUCAGGAUUAAACAAAACUUGUCCCUUUAAUUUUAUUGAGUUUUCCACCUUACCAACUCCUGGUCUUGAAUAUAGAUAAUAUCUCUGGGAGUGUUUCAGAUUGGCUACUAUUAGGAACUGUACAAACUGGAUGCACAUUGGAAUGAGCUUCCAGACAGGCAGCUCCUAGUGCCAUCCAUUCAUGGCUUUUCUGCUGUAAGCUACAAUUGGAAUUGACUUUCUACACUAUCACUCUGUGUAUAGACCUGCUAUGUUCCAUCCUCAUCACUGGAUGUGAAACAGCUGCUGUGGGUGGAAAAGAAGGUCCAAAUCAUGUGAGCAGCUACUGGAAGAGAAGCAUGUAUUUGUUAUACUGAUAAAGCAGUCUAUAAAUUUUGUUAAAUGAAAAAAUAAAGACAGCCUUUGUAGCUGGUGCCAUUUUAGCAGCUUGCUUAGUUUUGUAUCAAUAUUUAAUGCCAGUGUGUAUUUUAUGGCUAUCUGCUUUUAAUCAAAUGGGUAUUAUAGUGGUAAUAAAAACUAAAAAUCCUCCCUGAUCACUGCCAUUAACCACAUUGCUAAAAUGGUGUUGACGACAAAGGGGUUUUUAUUUCAUUUAAAAAGGUAAAGCCAGAAAAGCGUUUUAGUGCUAAUUAAAAUAUCAACUAAAAAAAGGUAGAGUGAUAUAAUUGUUUCCACCACAAAGGUAAUAGCAUAUAUAUGUUGUGAUAGAUCAAUGCCCACAGGAAAAUAUUGCUGUUCUAAAAGGAAGAGAUUGCAUUACUCUUCUGUUCUCCUGAAAAAGGUGCCUGUUAUCAUGGAAACUGAUUAAUCAAUUGCAUAAUAAAGUCAGACAUUUCGGUAUAUGUCUGUUCUUCUGAGGAAAGACAGUAGAACAGGAAAAAUACAAUGCAACAGCUGUGUAGCUGUCUUGUAAAGAGUAAGUGAAGCAUGACUAUCCCACACAAAAUGCCAGGUUUGAAGUACCUUAAAUGUGAUUUAACCACUACUUUCAACAGAUAUGUGCAUCCAAGUUCAGGUGUUCUCCUUUGCUUUCAGUGGGGUACAUAUUUGGUUGUUCACUCAGAAAUAAUCCUCAUUUUAAAUACCCAGCUCCUAGAUGGCACAAAAUAUAGUGUAUCCAUACACUGAUAAUUGUUUCUUCAAAGUGAAAGUAAAUCGGACAGAAUUUGACAGAAGGUGGUUUCAAGGUAUCUACGCUAGAGGAACCCACAUCAGAAAUUGAACCCGCUGGAUAACUGAACUAAUCAUUCUCUUGGGGUUUUAGGCCCCCCCCUUUUUAGUACAUAUUGCAACUGGCUCCUGUUAGGGCACAUGUACAUGGAGAACUUUGCCCAUGUUCACAGUUUUGCAUUUGAAUGGAAGAUCAGGACACCGUAAAUGGAAAUGGUAUGGAAAUGUAAAUGCAAAAUGGGUUCCCAGUAUGAUGAAAACUGCCAUAAUUACCCCAGUCAACCUGGAAUACGGUAGCUAGGUGCAAAAAAGGACAGGGCUCCUGUAAUUUAUCGGUAGCAGCUUGUAAUGCAAGCUACAGCUGUAGAAUUUCCUUCUUCUGCACAACUAUUAAAGCUGCAGGACCCUGAACAUAAGUUCAUAAGGAAAGCCAAAGGCCCAUCUACUCCAGCAUACUGUUCUUUCAGUGGCCAACCAGAUGGAAGCCUGCAAGCAGGUCCGGAGUGCACAACACUUUUCCCACAUUUGGUUCCUAGCAAAUGGCAUCCUAUAUCUGACACUGGAAGUAGAGCAUAGCCACAAUGACCUCUUUUGCUCCUGGUCAACCUACACAUAAAUCUUCGUAAACAGUUCAGAAUUAUAUGAUGAUAAAACACAUUUUGUCUUAGCCUUCUGCCCUUUUAUGUAUUCACACUGAAACCAAAUACCUUUGUCUCUUUGCCUUCACGCAGAUGCAAGAUGUAGGUGGAGAUUUUUGUCCAGGUUAUUACACUCCAUUGCCACCUUUUAUACCUCAGGGAUUUCUGCCAGGGAUUCACUACAUUCCGCCACCUCUCCCACUGAAUGUUGUGGCUGAAGCUACAAAGGAAACAUCUGGUAAGCAUUCAAAAGGUUCCGUUGGUUGCAUAGCAGGUGUGUUGUGGCUGUCCACCCAGACAGGAAGGGGAUAAAUAACAACUAAGACAAGUGUAUGGACCACAACAUUCACAUGACCACAGUGAGGUAAGCGUGGCGUUAGGUUAGGAUCCGUUAUCCUGAAAGACUCCUGAUAUGGAGGCCAAUACGCCAUCCCAACAUGCCUGUUGGGGAAUCCCAUGGAGUUUGGCUAGUGUGAAAGGAUGCCAUGUGACUAGUAUCCUGCUGGUAACCUGAUAUGCAUAGUGACAGGAGUGGAGCGUCUGGGCCAGACCUGGUAGGAGGGUCCCAAAGAUGACAAUGAUUAUAUAUUUAUUUAUAAUCUCCCUUUCUCCCUGACAGGGACUCAAGGAAGUUUACGGAUAAGAACAGCUAAAGGAAACUAUCAUUAAAAAGCAAUUAAACAGCAAUAGAAAAAAAGACUUUGGCAAUCCCACCUGCCACUGAACUCAGUGUGUUUUGUUUAUAUGCAAUUUUAUGCACUAUCCCUGGAAUGUAACUCCUGCAUUAGUUGAGAGUCACCUGUACUCUGUACUGACUGGCAGCUGCUCUCCAGGGUUUCAGGCAGAAUAUUUCCGUUACCAGGAGACACUAGGCAUUGAACCUAUAACCUUUUGCCCCGUGUGGGGUGUGUUUUACCACUGAGCUAUAGCACUUCCCUCUUUAGCAUGGUCCUUCUUAAAAUAUUUAGCUCCUGUUUGCUUUUCAUCUUGAAUUGUGGAAAUAUAAAUUAAUAGCUGCUGUCAGAUUUGGUAAGGUCAAGGAAAAACCACACACAAAAAAACCCCUUAAGUAUUGUAUUUACCUUUCUUGGUUUCAUGCCUUUAGCCAGUGUAGGGGAAAAUCAAGCAUACUAUGGGCAACCUUUGGCUGGCUCACAGCCGUGAUACAGAAACAUUUUCCACAGUUUCAAACAGAGUUAACUUUUCCCUUCAGAAGAACUACUUUUCCUGUUCUGCCACAAACAUGGCUGGUAUAAACAUGCUGAAAUAACUCAUGAAAUAGCUCUUAUUUGUAUGUUCAUGCCUACCUGUUGUUGUUUUUUAAAAUCCUAUGUAUGAAAAGCUAGCACAUCAAAGAAAAGGCUAGACUUGAAACUCUUUCCCUAUACAUGUGCUUUGUUUUUGAUGCAGAGAAGCACUCACAACUAUGUGACCUAAAUACAUACUCUGAAGCACCACAUACUGUUUUGUGUACAUAAUUAGGUUGCCUGAAAACUGAAAAAUUGUUUGCUUCCUAGCAGCAGCUUGUCUCAAGCUGAGAAGGUAUGUUUUGAAAAGCUGCUAACUUCAACAUGGGAACAAAGUUCAUUUUGUAAAAGCACUAUAUGUAUAUUCUCCUUUGCUUGCAAGAUGCUUUUUUCUAAUGGAUCUAGCUGAUAGUGCUGUCUGGCAGGCACACUUCUGCUAGUAGUGAAAUGCUCCUUCAACCCUUGCUUUCACAAGUAUAUUUAUCUGAUUUAGUCCUCUGUGUAUUUAGUCAUACGUAUCUUUAGCCAAAUGGAUUUACAGAAAGUCAGAUAUUAUUGACGGACAGUUCUAAGUCAUACUCAUAGAUGACCCAGACUAACAAAUCCAUUAAUUUCAGUAAUCUAUUCAGGUUAUGAGUCAGAUACCACCCCAGAUUUUAAAGGAACAGAGACAAUCUUUCCAUUCUUUUCUCACAUUCUAUAGCAUGAAUGUGGGACGUGAAAAUUAUUUUUGGAGUUUUAAGUUCUGAUGUUUAAUUUUUGAGUAGCCACAAGAGGGCAAACUACUUGGAAAUUAAUCUCAAACUCUUGAGUUGUCAAUUUGGGGGGGCAGUUGUUUGAAACUUUAAGGAUUUAAUAGCAUCUUUGUAGACUACAUAAAGUAAGUUGUAUAUUUGCAGUAGUAUUGGGGAGUUGAUCUAAUAAGCCACCAUCUGCGAACAAGAAAGAUACAAGCUAUAAUAACAUGAGGUGAUAAGCUUAUUUGUCUUUCAAAUAUUCGUAUGAUUCAAGAUCAAAAAUGGACAUGAAAUUAAAACAAACAGAGAAUUCCUUGGAUUAUUUGUAAAGAGCAGAUUCAUACAAAGAACCUGAAAUCACUGGAUUGUUCUUCUGUUCUGUAUUUCAGCUACACUUGCAGAUAGCCAGGAUUCUGGAGUGAUAUCUGAACGCAGCCUGUCAUCUUCUCAGGAAGAUGCCAGUGGAAAAUGUUCCUCAUAUUCUGAGCACUAAAUGCACCAAGAAGUCAUGUUCAAAUGUUGACUUCAAGUGGUGCCAUUCUGAAAGCGAUGUUUCGUUUUGCGUCACUGACUGGUCAUGUCAGUAUUUGGGUUGGUAUUGUUCACAACAUAUCUAUCAGGUGCUAUUCACACAGCAAUUUCCGCUGCUUGGUGCCUUAGUGCCAAAGUGGAAGUUUAGGAAUCUUCAUAGUCUGUUUCUGACAUGCAGUUGGACAGGAGGUUAAUGCAGGAUUAAUGUAAACUGUAGGAGAUCAGAUGUGCUCAAGUACAUUCGAUCCCCAAAUAAAGUUGUGUCUGGUCACACUUUCACACCACCUACCAGCCUGUGCUUGUGAAAGUGGAUAUUCUAGCCAUUUCUUGGCUUGCCAGCUUUUGUUAUCUGCUUCUGUCUGAGCCUUUAACAAGAGUUUGCUAUGUAGAUAUUAGCAGGCGAUAAUGAUUAUCUCCAUUGCUUAAUUUGCUAAUUCUUCCAUAUCAGGCUGGUAUUAAAACCCCAGAAUCAGGCUAAUUCUUUUUCUGACAAGUUGGCAGCCCUAACUUACGCUUGUGCUGCAGCUGUGUAUUUCUUUCAAAGUUCAGGAGAGGAACUAUAGAGGGAUGGCUCAGACGCUUUUUUAUGCUUCAGCAGGUAUUAGAGCUGCAAUACACAUAAUGGGAAGAACCUUCUCCCUAAACAGAAAUGUUUAUAGGGAAAUAACUGUUGAGUUUCAAGGGCCUGCUAAUGAUAACAGACCAUGAAUAGAGUUGUGGUUCAUAUGGCUGAACAGUUGGGAUCAAUUUGGGAUAGCAGAGUUAACAGUUACCACUAUGAUUAAGGCCCCAUCUGCACUAUACAUUUAAAGCAGCGUCAUCCCACCUUAAAAACAGUCAGGGCCUGCCCCAAAGAAUCCUGGGAACUGGUUUUUUUGUUUAUGAUGCUGUGAGGGAUUAGGAGACCCCGGUUCUCCUCCCAGAGCUACAAUUCCCAGAGUUCUCGGGGAAGAGAGGUUGGCUGUUAAACCACUCUGAGAAGUGUUACUCUGGGAGGAGAACAGGGGUCCCCUAGCAACUCUAAGCACCCUUAACAUACAAGUUCCCAGGAUUCUUUGGGGGAAGCUCUGACUGCUUAAAGGCCUUUAAAUAUACAGUGCAGGCAGGGUCUAAGUGUAGCUCUUCAUGCUCAGCGUUUGAAUUGUGUCAUUUAUAUAACUGUUUCAUGUUAAUUAUGGCUUAGUCCAAAACCAGAGACAAGAAGUGGGGAAGAGCCUUUACUUACUCAGCCUUUACUUUGGGAAAAAGUAGCAUCCUUGCAAAGAGCACAGUUCUUACCUGAUAGGAUUUAUUUUUGUAAUAAAUCAGAAUAAGGAUGAAGAACAGCAUUCCGCUUUAAUGUGUUCCGUUGUAAAAAGACCAGCUACAAAUGUUAGUUUCACUUUCUUUGCUUAAAUCUAUUAAACAUUGAUACUGAUCUU